CUGGGCACGAAAGGUAAAAAGGGAACGAUGUGAACAUGUGAAGGAAGCCAGAGCACCGCGCACAGCGUCAGUCUGCAUCCUGACAGGGGGAGAUAAGGUGGCUGGGGAGCCAGCGGUGCUUUCCUGGAACACAACCUCCGCUUGACACUCUCUGCUUAAGCACUGCCCAUCUGUAUGUUAUUGAGCUGGAGCCUCUGGGGAAAAGAGGAGCCACAGGCACAGAGAGUGAACGAGAGAGGGAGGCAGCAAAAGCGCUUUUCUUCCCUUCUUUGCUUUUUUUUUUUUUUUUUUUUUUUCACCCUUUUAAAUAAGGAUCUGGUUAGACUGCCUUGAAGUGCCACAUCUGGAAACUGAACGCUGAAAGAAAGUUAAAAUAACUGAGGCACCACUAAGCCAAGGGGGGCUGAUUGCAGAAGAGGGUAAACAAUUACUAAGACUCUAGAAGACCACUGCUGGAUGUAAGGGGAGGAAAUGGCUUUGAUCUCCGCCUGGCCCCUGGUUUUUCCUAUAUUAUUCUUUUCGAGAUGCUUCUCCUCCAGCACAGCCUCGAGCGCGGGAAGCGUCUUUCUGUUUGACAUUGAAGGUAGCUCAGCGGUCAGCACGCAAGAAGCUACUGUUAUCAGAGGGCAGCAGCAGUCAGUAGCUACUGGAAGUUGGGUGCCUUUUGCUGAGGAAUGCCAAGAAGGAUUUUACCUUACCAGCUCAGGAAAAUGCUCUCCUUGCAACUGUAAUGGUAACGCAAACAGAUGCCUUGAUGGAUCUGGAAUCUGUGUGGACUGCCAGAGAAACACAACAGGGGAACACUGUGAGCAAUGUCCAGAUGGCUUUGUUGGUGACGUUGUUGGAGGAGCACCCACAUUCUGCCAGCCUUGCCCCUGCCCACUGCCAGAAGCUGCCAACUUUGCAGUCUCCUGUUAUCGAAAAAAUGGAAAUGUGCGUUGUGUCUGUAAGGAAAACUAUGCAGGACCCAACUGUGAAAGGUGUGCCCCUGGUUAUUAUGGGAAUCCUUUGCUAAUUGGAAGCACUUGUAAAAAAUGCGACUGCAGUGGCAACUCAGACCCAAACCUGAUUUUUGAAGACUGCGAUGAAGUGACCGGCCAGUGUCGCAACUGCCUGCACCACACCACGGGCUUCAAGUGUGAGCGAUGUGCUCCAGGUUACUACGGGGAUGCUGUAUUCGCUAAAAACUGUACAGCAUGUAACUGCGGUGGGAGAAUGUGUGACAGCCAGACUGGAGAAUGCCUCGCAGACAGUCCUGUAAUUUCUACUGGCACAGACUGCCCAACCAUCAGCUGCGAUAAAUGUAUUUGGGAUUUGACAGAUGACAUCCGGUUAGCAGUGCUGGCUAUUGAUGAAAGCAAAUCAACUUUACUGAGCAUCUCUACAGGUGUUGCAGCUCAGAAACGUUUGAAUGACCUGAACCUCACUACUACCCAUCUCCAGGCAGCAAUGUCCAAAAAAAAGGGCCACUCCACACUUUGGACUGACGAGGUCGAUAAUGCUGCGGACGACAUGAAUGAUCUCCUGAGAGAGGCAGAAAACCUGGAUGACCAGGGAAAUCAAGCUUCCAGCAAGGGUCUACUGGUACAGAAGGAAACCAUGGAGACCAACAGCCGUGCUACUCAGCUCGUGCAGAAGCUUAGUAAUAUGAGGGAUAAUAUUCAAGAAAUCAGCAGCAAGAUGAAAUACUAUGCGAUUCAACAAGAGCUAAGCCCUGAAGAAAUUACCCAGAAGCUCAGUGUGGCUGAGGAGAUGCUGAAGGAGAUCAAACGCCGUAAGCCUUUCACAAAUGAGAGGCAACUUGCAGAUGAGGAGGAACAUGCUGCAGAGGACUUGUUACAGCAAGUUGAAGAGUUUCAUGAGAGGUACAAUGACACCAGAUCUCUUGUUUCUGAUGUGGUGGAGCAGCUCAGUGAACAUAACAUGAAGCUGUCAGACCUGGAAGAGGCAUUAGGCCAGGCACUUGACUAUGUUAUACAAACAGAGGCCAUAAAUAAGGAAAACACAGCCAAUGUUCAAGAGCAUGAGAAACAACAUGAGAAAUUAAAAGAGCAAGCAGAUGAAGUGAACAGUAUUGUGCUAAGUGCCACAGCUAUUCUGGCAGAGCCACGAAAGAUCAGCUCAGAGUUAAAUGAGGUAAUUAAGAAUGUGUCAGGGUUCUACGCAGAAAUAGAUGGAGCAAAAAAGGAAUUGCAAGAAAAAAUAGCCAAUCUGUCUCUGUUUGAUGAUAAGCUGGAAGAAAAGGCUAUGCAGCAUGCACAUAACCUAAGAAGACUUGCUGAUGAGUUGGACCGGAAUUUACAUGGUGUUGAUACAAAUGGAUUGGUACAAAGGGCAAUAAAUGCUUCAAAUGUAUAUGAAAACAUUGCUGGUUAUAUUGAAGAAGCUAAUAAAGCUGCUUUGCUGGCACUGAACACAACAAACCGGGUCAAUGAUGCUGCAGUUGGAAUUGAUACUCAGAUCAUUUACCAUAGAGGUAAAAGUGAAGAACUUCUCAGCCGAGCCAUGGAGCUACAACAGACAGCAGCUUACAGUAAUGAUUUAACCAUUGCAGACACCAGCCGUCAUGUCAAUGGCACUGCAGCACGAAUGCAUGCUGUGCAAAGCAAACUGAUGAGAGCCAUCACAAAAAUGCAAUCAGCAGAACUAGGUUUGGAGGCCAGACAGCGCUUGGAGCAAGCUAAACAGAAGACUGCAGAGGCUGUUAGCACUACUGUGACAGUAACAGAGGCUACAACUCCCAUGGACGAGAAUGUGAGGUUGUGGUCUCAGAACCUGCAAGACUUCCAGCAUGACUCAGCUGCCUAUGACAGCGCCGUGCACUCAGCUGGGGAUGCAGUGAAGAAACUUACGGAAGUCUUCCCUCAACUCCUGGAUAAACUGCGCAAAGUAGAACAGAAGGCACCAGCAAACAAUAUUUCUUCCAGCAUUCAGCGGAUCAGAGACUUGAUUGCCCAAACCAGGAGCGUGGCAAGCAAGGUCCAGGUUUCUAUGAUGUUUGGAGGUGAAUCAGCUGUUGAAGUCAAUCCAAAGAUCAACGUGGAGGAACUGAAGUCUUUCACUUCCAUGAGCUUGUAUAUAAAGCUUCAGAAAGACAACCCACAACUGACAGCGUCUCCAGACAGAUUCAUUUUGUACCUUGGAAACAAAAAUGCUAAAAAUUACGUGGGACUGGCAAUUAAAAAUGACAACCUUGUCUACAUUUAUAAUCUGGGAAACCAAGAUGUGGAAAUACCUCUGGACUCCAAGCCAGUCAGCACCUGGCCUUCUUACUUCAGCAUCAUCAAAAUUGAGAGGAUUGGAAGACAUGGCAAAAUGUUUUUAACUAUACCAAGUCUUAGCAGCACAUCAGAAGAAAAAUUUAUCAAAACAGGAGAGUCUCUUGGUCCUAGCUCUCUCCUAAAUUUGGAACCUGAAAAUACUGUUUUCUACGUUGGUGGAGCACCUCCAGACUUCAAGCUCCCUCCCAGCUUAGACUUGCCUGGCUUCAUCGGCUGCCUGGAGCUGGCUACCCUGAACGACGAUGUGAUCAGCCUGUACAACUUCAAGCACGCCUACAACAUCGACACCACCACAUCGCCACCUUGUGCCAGAAAUAAGUUGGCUUUCACUCAGAGUCGAGCUGUGAGUUAUUUCUUUGAUGGUUCUGGCUAUGCCGUGGCAAGAAAUAUUGAGAGGAGGGGAAGAUUCAGCCAGGUGACACGGUUUGACAUUGAAGUUCGAACACCUACAGACAAUGGAUUGAUCCUGCUGAUGGUUAAUGGAAGUAUGUUCUUCAGUCUAGAGAUGCACAAUGGAUUUCUGUACCUCCGCUAUGACUUUGGCUUCAGCACCGGCCCAGUGCUGCUAGAGGACUCCAUGAAGAAGGCUCAGAUUAAUGAUGCUAAAUUUCAUGAGAUUUCUAUUAUAUAUCAUAAUUCUAAGAAGAUGAUCUUGGUAGUAGACAGACGACAUAUAAAAAGUGUUGACAAUGAAAGAACAGCAAUGCCAUUCACAGACAUCUACAUUGGAGGAGCACCUGCUGAGAUCUUACAGUCCAGCAUUAGUUCACAUCUGGCAGGUAUUAUUGGCUUUAAAGGCUGCAUGAAGGGUUUUCAGUUCCAAAAGAAGGAUUUCAACUUGUUGGAAGAACCAGGAACCCUGGGAAUCAGCUAUGGGUGCCCUGAGGAUUCACUGAUAUCUCGCAAAGCAUAUUUCAAUGGAGAGAGCUUCAUUGCAUCAAGCCAAAAAGUGUCCCUCUUAAGUGAAUUUGAAGGAGGCUUUAAUUUCCGGACACUGCAGCCCAAUGGGCUGCUGUUCUACUAUACUGAAGGAUCAGAUGUAUUAUCCAUCUCUAUGGACAGAGGUGCUGUUGUUUUAAAUGCAAGUGGAAUCAAAAUUCAAUCACCAGACAGAAAUUACAACGAUGGAAAAACUCACUUUAUCAUUACUUCUGUCACACCAGAAAGAUAUGAGCUGAGUGUUGAUGACAAGAAACAAAGCAAGAAGAAUCCAGUGAAGGACAGAGCAGGGAAAAGCCCUGACAGCAUCAAGAAGUUCUAUUUUGGUGGCUCUCCCCUCAAAACACAGCAAGCCAACUUCACUGGGUGCAUAAGCAAUGCAUACUUCACUAGAUUGGAUCGGGAGGUUGAAGUGGAAGAUUUCCAGCGGUACUUGGAGAAAGUUCAGACUUCCUUUUAUGGAUGCCCUGUUGAAUCCCCACCAGUUGCUCUGCUUCAUAAGAAAGGAAGAAACUCAUCAAAAGCCAAAGGAAACUGUAAUAAAAAGGUGGGAAGAGAUAAGGACAAGGUCUCACAGCCUUCAACUGGCCUCAAAAAACUGUAUCAAGAAGUGAAUAUGCAAAAAGACCCUCAGUGCCACUUGCCUAUGAAUCCCAAGGCAACUGAACAUGCAUACCAGUUUGGAGGUACAGCAAAUAGUCGGCAAGAAUUUGAUCGCAUACCAACAGAUUUCAGUGAAAGAGCUCAGUUCUCUAUCAGUCUGAAGACUCACUCGUCUCAUGGAAUGAUUUUCUAUGUCUCAGACCAAAAGGAGACCAAUUUCAUGACCCUUUUUGUUGCUCAUGGACGACUCAUUUUUAUGUUUAAUGCUGGUCAUCAGAAGAUAAGGAUUAAGAGCCAAGAGAAAUACAAUGAUGGCCUUUGGCACAAUGUGAUAUUUAUUAGAGGCAAAAAUAUUGGUCGCUUGAUAAUUGAUGGUCUCCGAGUACUAGAAGAACCUUUCAGUGGUAAUGAUAAUACCUGGCAAGUCACUGAACCGCUGUAUAUUGGGGGUGUAGCUCCAGGAAAAGCUGUGAAAAAUAUCCAGAUUAAUUCAGUCUACAGUUUUAGUGGCUGUCUCAGCAAUUUACAGCUCAAUGGAAGAUCAAUUACUUCAGCUUCACAAACGUUUAGUGUAACACCUUGCUUUGAAGGCCCAUCAGAAGCAGGAACGUACUUUUCAUCAGAAGGAGGAUACGUUGUCCUUGACGAAUCUUUCAGUCUAGGUCUGAAAUUUGAAGUUGUUUUUGAAAUACGUCCCCGAAGUAGCUCAGGAAUUUUACUGCAUGGCCACAGUGUGAAUGGAGAGUACCUGAAUAUGCACAUGAGAAAUGGACAGGUUACUGUGAAACUGAAUAAUGGAAUCAGGGAUUUUUCAACCUCAGUGACACUGAAACAGAGUCUCUGCGAUGGCAGGUGGCAUCGAAUUGCAGUUAUUAGAGAUGCUAACGUGGUGCAGCUGGAUGUAGACUCAGAAGUCAACCACGUGGUAGGGCCACUAAACCCAAAAGCAACUGACCACAGGGAGCCAGUGUUCAUUGGAGGUGUACCAGAGUCUCUGCUAACAUCCAGCCUGACUACACGCAACUCCUUCAUUGGCUGCAUUCGUAAUUUCAUGAUUGAUGAAAAAACAGUCAGUUUUAGUAAAGCAGCCUUGGUCAGCGGUGCUGUAAGCAUCAAUACAUGUCCUGCAGCCUGAUAGCACACUGCCUCAAUCCUGUGAAGUGUCUUAGACCACAGGAAGGAACUAUAAAGCAAAAGAAACCAUGUUCUAUUCAUCACCAAUGCUGAGAAAAAAAAUGAAAACAUCAAGGAUUAAUUUACAAAAAUCACUUCUAAUAUUUCUGUGCAAAACAAAAAUCACUGAAGAAUAAAGAGCUGUUGCUUCUGCAGUUCUCUUAUUAUGCCACAAGAGUGAGCUUUACCAUUUCUUAUAACACAUGUGUGGCCAAUCUGCUACAUGAAAAUGUGGAAUUAUAAAAAAAAUAAAAAUUAUACUAAAUACAUUUCUUGCAAAAUAAAUCCUGUACAUCAUUUUGUUCCGUAUCUUGGGUCCCAACUUGUUUCCCAGGAAAAGAUCUGCUACUGCAUAUUAAAGAAUAAAGCCAAUUAAUAGACUUACAUUGCAAAUAACUGCGUUCAAGGAUUUAUUUCAUAAUUUUCUAUUCAACUCAUUUAAGUAUUCCUCAUUUAUAUUGGCAGCAGAGAGUAUACUUAAUUAUGUAAGCUAAUAGUGAAAGAUUAGAAUGUUUUUAUCCCACUUCUAGAUUUUUGGAGGUAUUCUAGCAGAGUGCGGAGAAAGGAUGUGUAUUAUUUAGAACAGAUACAGAACUGACCUCUUUCUAAGUCAGUAAUUUUAGAAUUAUACUUGACUUAUGGAGGAAGGGAGAAGAGAGAGAAAAUUCCAAAUUUCAAGCUUUUUCUCUACAGUGUUAAAUAUACUUACUCAUUUAUUUGCACUAGCAUAACAUAAGUAAGCACAAAGUAUAGAAAGGAGAAUCAUAGUCACUGUUUCAGACAAAUCCUUAUCUCAUAAAUUGUCACUUCCUUGUGAAAAUACUGCAAGACUCCAGUUUACAGAAGUAAUCUUCAAACUAGACAGACAUUCCUGCAGAACGUGCCCUGAAAGACAGACUGCUGAGGAACUGGGAGUGAAAAAGGAAGAUGCAAACAGGAGGCAAAGGGCUGCAAAGGGCUGCAGAUGUGAGCUGUGUGAGCCUGUGUUUUCAUAGAAGUUGAAUGGAAGUAAAACUGUAGACCUUUGCAGUAUAUGUUAACAUCAAAUACACAGAAAUCCCCUGCAAAACUUGGUCUCUUCUGUGAUAAGCUAUAAGGUAUUAAAGACAUUUUUAUAUAUUUUCUUUGAAGAAACAACUACUGUUAACAUCAACUUUUAUAAUGACUGGGCAAAUUACUGGUGGAACCAACUCAAAAUAUGACAAGCUGCAGAGUAGGAAAAGUAGUAAUUAAAAGCAUAAAGGACACCACUACCCAAACUAAAAAUGUAAAGGAACACAUCUGGAAAACACAGAAUAGACAACUGUCUCCAAGUCUUGAAGUGAUGGACAGUUGGAGGAACCACUCCAAGAAGAUACCACUCAGUACCUUCAUCACUUUCAGUAGGAAAAGGAUUUCAACAAACUGAAGUGUUCUUGAUUCACUGUGGGUGAAGAACAACAAGCUCUGGAUAGACUGGCACAUGGACUCCUUGGCAGGUGGGAUGGCAUCACUGCCUCCUGCUUGUCCGUAGAGCCCGCUGUUAUCAGACAAUUACAGUGAUUAAUGAACAAGGGAAGACAGCAUGACUCCAGCAACCACAGCCUUUCUCUUCACCAGCCUUGUCAGUUUGCACAUGCUUUCAGCCCCAUGUUUCUCCUGGACAAAUCUCCCACUCCACUCCCUGCAACUAUAACCCAAAACACUCCAAUGGCUUCUAUUCUGGGAAUGAUGCUGAGCCCUCUCUCUUCAUCACUCCAAAGCCCACUGUUCAUCAUUCAAAAGGAAGCAAUGAGUCCCCCUCUUUACCAAGUACACUGUGGGGUCCCCAAAUCCAGCUGCCUUCAAAUGUAUUUUUCUCAGAUAUCAAAAAUAAUAUGGCUACUCAACAAUUUCCUGCUCCCAGCCACUACCUAGAAUGCAAAUAGAAAACUUUUAGGGCUUCCGUUCUGAGAUUUUAUUUUGGGGACUGGAGUAAAGUUGUCAGAUCAGUGAGCUGGUCUCCCAGUUGGUACCAGAGACUGUACAGUGUCAGGGCUGUGCAACUGGCACCAGGAGUAAAAAGGGAAUCAGAAGUCUCUCUCUAUGCAAUUGGCAGACAGCUGACAGAUUGCCCUAAUCUAUCUCAAGAUGCCACAGCUUCAGCUAAACUUCCUCUGGCCCUGGUCUCCAGGAUGCUAUUGCUGGAGAGAAAAGGACAGCAGAUUCCCAGUUUAGAUAGAUUUUUACAAGGAUUAUUGAAAUUCUUUUCAAGAUUGUCUGCAGCUGCUAAGCAGAGAUAGCCAAGAAUAGCAUAUGCUGCCCCGUAAGAACAUCACAGUUUACUGAGUGCUAGUAUUAACUGGAGCAUUAUAUCUUAACUGGUACGUGUACUCAGAAAAAUUGUCCAUCUUAGAUCUACAUCAACCUGAAGCUUUUUUUCUCAUAUCCAUACCCAAGCUCUGGGAAUAAACAGUAUUUUUCUUAAGACAUAUUUGCUGCAAUUAGAUUUGGUUUCGUUCAGUAGUUUUAUAUAUUAAAAAAAAUAAAUAAAAUGAUUUUUCUGGUUAAUCAGUCCUUUGCAUACUUUAUAUAUGGAAAACAAAAAAUACAGUAAAAUAGUAAAUGAAUAAAAAACACAUUAAAAUUCAUAAACUACUACAAUUCAGUUUACUUCUCUUUAAUGCAUCCGCAGCUAAUCAAGCACAACAGUGGCAAGUUUCCAGACUAGGCCUCAGAGAUGCAGGUUUUUUUUCUCUGCAGAGAGAAAAAAUACUAUAAACCAGAGGAUUCUUCCAUAGGCAGGAGAGUGUAGAGAAUAAAUUGAGUUUCUCUCCUCCCAGCACCAUCAUGGACCUUGAAACUGCCACUCCACGUGCACCAAAAAAAGCUCUCUAUCUGAUGAAUUACAUCACAUACAUCUCUGCAUUUAUUUUGAAGCUUGUGGUGUUUAGGAGAAGGAGACUGCCUAAGCAAAAAUCUUCCCAGAAUUCAAACAGUCUUCUGUAUCUAACUGAAAAUUCAUACUUCAUCUUCAAAGAUCUGAGAAAAAGCUCCAAGUUCCAAUGUGCAUUGUUAGAUUAUUCAUUUGCAUUUUCAAUAUAAGUAACUCAAUUCUGCAGAAAGGCUGUUUAAAAAAAAAGAAGAAAGAAAGAAAGAAAAAAAAAGACCUUAAGGAGAUUAUACUUUUCCUCUGCCACCUUCAAGUUUUUAAUAACAGUGUUAUUAUAAAGUGAAAUAUUCUGAAAUUUGAAAUUUGCUAUGUCAGAAAGAAUCGAAGUUUAAACUGAAAUACUCAACUGAUUCAAAACAGAAUAUUUAAUUAGGAUCUCUGACCCUGUUUCUUAUUUCUGAAAAUCUGUAGAAAUCUCCCACAGACAGAGGUUCCUAUCAACCUUUCUCUAUCCUCAGGAAUAAAGUAUAAACAAUAGCCUGAAAAGGAAUAUGAAAGAUGAAGGUUUGACAGUAAAUCCUCAAAUGCCAACAACACCAAUUAUAUACAUAUGUGUGUGUGAAGUAGGUCCUGAUAAAAUCCUAGGAAUAACAUUAGUUCAAAUUCCAGUAUGUUCUUCCUGUCUGUUAAGAUGCUGAAAGCAUAGCACAUAUAUUUAAGUUAUGGUACACAUUUGGGAUUUAAGGAUUAUUUGCUGAUUCACAGCAGUGCAUGCAAACUCAUUUCCUCUCAGUAACAUCGUGUGUUACUCCUACAUUUUGACUCAGGUUCCAAAGCUAUGGUAUGCAAUGGGUGUAUAACAACAGUAUUUACUGAGAAAAAAAUAAAGGGUGAGAAACACAAAGAAGCAUAAGACAGGUGAUUAAUUCCCGUAGACAAAAAGUCUCUCAGGGGACAUGACCAGACUGAUCCAUUUAUACUACCCUAACCAGGAGCAUCUGCAACAAAACAAGUCAGUGUGUGGCUAUUUCUUUUACAGUGAUGAACUGCCUGUUCCAUUAAACCUCUAAGUGCAUGAAACAAGCCAAACUGGUAAUUAUACAUCCACUUUCUGCCCUUGGACCCCUUUUGGAGACUAAGAAGAUGAAUUGUGAAUAUGAAUCUGCUAUUCUGAUUCUUCUUUUCUGAUUCAGAGCAUUUCCCAGCUGAGGGAGAAGACACACUGUAUGUUUUUCAUCACAGACUUAACAGUACACAGGAAGCCAAAGUGUGGAACUCAACUCCACGGUGCAGCCUCACAUUCAUGUUUUGCUGAGGGCUUCUAAUUGAUCUCUGAUGGAUCCAAGUCAUGUCCAUGAGUCAGCACUGUGGCCUCUCCAAAGUAAAUAAAGGUUUAGGAUAUGCUAAACUGUCCUGGUUUGAUCAGUGUUUCAUAUCACAAAAAUUGGGGCGUAAAGUUAAGAUUUCUACCAAGAAUUUCAUCCAACGAAUUUUCCUUGCACACCAGAAACAGCGCAUUUGGAAAAAACCUGUUUUGUUACAUUUUGUGUAGCCACAAAAUUAGCCACACCAGCUAAUGAACCGGACUGCAUGAAACUGCUUCAGCUCUCCCACAGGAAGCCUGGGUUGCCAUCUUAGGCCCACGAGAGCCUUCUGCAAGCAACUGGUUUGCACAGCAGGCGCUCCUCACACCAUUUUGCAGCAGCCACGCUGCAGUCUGCAGGACCGCAAUGGGACAUCGUUGCUUCUUGCCUCUCACACAGAGCCCUGAGAUUGCUGCGUUCAACACAGGAACCUCCUUCUAAUGGUAACGUGGGUAAUUAUUUGCUCGAGAAUUGCGAAAAUGAAGAUAAAUCUAAUUUGCAGGCCUGGUGGGUAUGUCAUUUCUGCUUGAGUUUUUUUUUUAUUAUUUUUAAUUUUUUGACAUUUGGCACCACCAAGCUUAAUAAUAUACCGGGGCGGAAAACGUAUCUUAACGAUUUUAGCAAUAACAAUAAUAAUAGCGAAUCGGCUCCUGUGCGCUCAGAAAGGCGCCCACAGGGGCGGAGUCCCCGCGCAGCAGCGCCGGGCGGUGCUUAAGGCGUGCCGCUGUCACGGCCCGCCCGCCGCCGCCGCCGUGACGAGAGGGCGGCUUCCGGGCGCCGAGUUGGAAAACGGUCGGAAGUGGAAGCGGCGGCGGCGGUCCGCCGAGGCCGGCAUGACGCAGUCGGUGGUGGUACAGGGUGAGGGGCUGCGUCGCGCGGAGCCUGCCCGCCGCCCCCGGCCCUGCGUGAGCCUUGUCUCUUCUCUUUGCAGUGGGCCAGUGCGGGAACCAGGUGGGCUGCCGCUUCUGGGACCUGGCGUUGCGGGAGCACGCGGCUGUCAACAAGAAAGGAAUUUACGAUGAAGCACUGA